AUGCAGUGUGUGGGAUUGGGGGCUCAGCUGUGGCCCCUGGGGGACCCCGGUGAACAUGUGGGACCCGUGAAGUCCCACAUUGACCCUGGUGGACCAGAGCUGGACGAGGCUGCGGUCAGCUCCCUGCAGCUAACAAGCUCCAGCAGCCACUGCAGAGAGCGGCUUCAUGUGUCAAGGGCAACUGACGCAGACCCACAGCAAUCUCUGCAUCUCCUGGAGCCGGAGCCACGAGUACUGGGGGGGGAUUGCUUUGCGUCGAGUGCCAUCUUCAGGCACUGA